AUGCAACUCACGCGCGUCGUGCAGACGACACCCUGUGUGCGCUUUGUACGCAAUGUCCAUAAAUCUAUGAUGGAUGUCAAGGGACACGAUUCGCACAAUACCAACCGUCUUCGCAUUGUUGCGGCGCGUCCUGGUUUUGUCGAUACACGCUUUGAUAUCGGCGAAGAGAAUCUGAAUCGGGCUCGUACGCUCCAUGGAGGCCUGAUUGCUACGUUGGUCGACUCUGUCGGCUCGCUCGCUGUAGCCUCGCGUGGUUGGUUCAACACGGGCAUCUCGACCGAUAUCAAUGCGACGUUUGUGAAACCUGGUGGCAAGCUGGGAGACACGGUGCGUGUGACAGGGGAAAUCAUCGGCAUGGGCAAAACGCUGGCGUAUACGCGUAUCGAACUACGUGAUGUGCAAUCGCAGGCGCUGCUAGCGUAUGGUAGCCAUACCAAGUACAUUCGUAUGGGCCUCAAUGCGCCGGAGAAUGUCGAGUUUGACGAAAAUGGCGAGCGUAUCGUUCGUGGCCCCUCGACACCGUCGACAUAG